AUGUCAAAUACAAAAUUUCCUUCAGUUUCAAUAAAUGAAAAGUAUAGUUCAUUCAUAUUAUAAGAUUAUAGAAACGUAUUUUAAGAUCAAAGAUAGUUAAGAUACUGAAUAGUUAGUUUUAGAAUUAUUGCAACAAAUUCUUAAAAAUAGAAAGAUUAUAAUCAGAAAUUGAUACAAGAAAGACUGAAUUUGAGUUAGAAGAUCAAAAUUUAAUAUAAUUAUUACCAAUUCAUCCACCUAUGAAAUUUACUUAAGAAGAAAAACAUCAUUGUUAAAGAAUGAAUAUCAAUAUUCCAACUCCUUUAGAAAUGCAAUAAAAAUUGAAAGCGUAAUUAACCCAUUAAGAAUUAUUAGAAGUAUUUUAGAUCAUUAAUCUAAAUUAUUAGAUUGGGGAAGAUCCUGCUUAUUUUAUAUAAGAUGAAGAAAUGAGAAGAUUGAAUUGGAAUGAAGAAGAUUGGUUAUCAAAAUCACAUACACAUUUAAAAUAGGAAAUGAAGGAUAUUCCUAAAAUAAAAUCUACUAGCAAUUUAUUAAAAAUAAAAAAACCAACAAUUAGAUCAAAUACUGAAGAUAGAACAGAAAGAAAGAAAAAAGUAUCAAAUAAGAUAUUUAUAUAAAAAGAUGAUUGAAGAAUAGGUUAAAAGAUUACAUGAAAUAAAUGAAAUAAAUUUUUAGAAGGUCAAAUAUAAUCAAGAAACAAAAGAAAUGGAGAAAUAAAAAGAGUAAGCUAAAUUAAAUGAAAAAUUUAAGUCCAAAAUAGAUGUGUAAAUAAAAAAAUAAGAUGCUAAACAUGAAAGUCAUUAAAGAAUAGCUGAGUAUAAAUAAUAAUAACAAUAAAUGAUAAAAGAGAAAAUUGACUUACAUAAGUAUAAAUAAUAAAUUAGAUUUAGAAAAUAAAUAAUGGAAGAAGAAGAGAUGAUUAGAUUAAAUUAAAGAUUAAAAUAGAUAUGUUAAAAUAAAUAAGUUAAUAAUUUAAUUGAUUCAAAUCUUAAAGAUAAAAUAGACAAAGCAAUCAAAUGCCAAACAAAUAAAUGA